CCCCUUUGUUUACCUCUCUCUCCCGCUUUCCCUCUCGCUGCGCAGUUUCUGCUUUUCACUGCAUUUUGCAUGAAAGUGGCAAUCUGUGAGGAUAACCCACUUUGAGGGCUUAAGAACGGAUACUGUAGCUUGGGUGCUAAUUUUGACUCAAGGCAGAACUGAAGACAUGGGCUCCGUUUCUAACCAGGAUUUCCCAGGAAUGUGUAAGACCGAGGAGGAAGAAGGACCGAGCACCGAGGAGGAUUCGCAGUCUUUCCACGGGGUCGGCGUGUGUAAAUGGUUCAACGUCCGCAUGGGCUUCGGGUUCCUGUCCAUGACCAACCGGGAGGGAGUACCACUGGACGAACCGGUUGAUGUGUUUGUCCAUCAGAGCAAGUUGCACAUGGAAGGCUUCCGCAGCCUGAAGGAAGGCGAAGCGGUCGAAUUCACCUUCAAAAAGUCAUCAAAGGGCCUGGAGUCACAGCGAGUUACGGGACCAGGUGGCAUCCACUGUGUGGGCAGUGAAAGGAGACCCAAAGGCAAGAAGGUCCAGAAGCGACGUUCAAAGGGAGACAGGUGCUACAACUGUGGAGGCCUGGACCACCACGCCAAAGAGUGCAAGCUACCACCCCAGCCCAAGAAGUGCCAUUUCUGCCAGAGCAUCGACCACAUGGUUGCCAACUGCCCAAUCAAAGCACAACAGUCCUCACCGGGUUCUCAGGGAAAACCGUCCCCCUCGAAGGGAGACGAGGGGGAGCACAGCCGCUCAGCACCGCCUCCUGAGACCUCUGAUUAAACAGGAAAUUGGGAAACACUAAUGCCGGGGAAGCACAGAGGUCAAUCAAACUGCUUUGAUGGAGAGAUGGGACAUAUGAUCCCCUUCCACCCUUGAAGCUGCUUUUGGAACUACCUCAGGUUAAAAGAAAAUGCAUAAGAAUGUUGCUGAAGUUUUUUUGUUUAUUUUCAUUUGGUGUAACACUCAGGAAUACUGCUCUAUUAUUGCACUCAGGACAUUUUCUAAAUGAAUCACUGCUGUUUUCUGAUGGAUUUAAGACUGAAGUGAGCUUGCCAUAUAACAGAUUAUCUUGGAAAGUCUUUUUUAUUUUACGUGAUACUGUGCCUCUCCUGUAGGUAUUAUACUUUUGUUUUUUGCGUAAUACUCAGUUCAGUAUAGAGCUACACUUUUGCUGCCUUACCAUUUAGUCUACUUCCUGACUGUUACACCUCACUAUCCGGCAAGGCAGAGACACAACAGUUAGUACCUCUGUAAUGAAUGUUAGAUUGCAUAUGGCAAGGGGAACGGGAGGGUUUGUGAAAACACAUGGGAUGGGUUUUAGGGUACAGCUAUAGGCAAUGUAUUGGCAUCCACCAAUAUUGCAGUUGACCAUCCAGUAAUCCUGGGGCCAAAUGAAUGUCAGACCAGAAGUCAUUUCAAGCUUUUGGUCAGAGUUACUUUUUUUUUUUUGUCAUUUCAUUAUUUCUCAUCCAGCGUUUUACUGGCUUUCUAAAAGUGCACAGUCUACCUCAUUGGUGCGUGUUUGGUCUGCUACUAAAAUUGUCGUUCUAACUGCUGAUGACCAAAUAUUCUCAGAACACAGCCAUGGAGAUUGUGAAUCCUUUUUUGCACUACAGUUUUUACACAGCACACACAUCACUGAAGCUGGGCAUGAUCAGAGCUUCAUUUGUCUUGAACGUCAGACUCAACAUCACAGUUGGAUGUGGCCAGCUGUCGUCUGUUGUACUUGGGUGUGCGACGUGGCAUAGUAUCACAGCUCAGUGCUGUAUCACAGCUGUUUCAAGUGUCACAAUUACUUGGCAAAGAAAACCAGAUUUUUAGACUGGGUGUGGUUGUAGUGUCAACCAGAGAGGGCAGCAAAACACAAUUUUUCAGCCCGCUCUUAAAUUACUCUUGAACCUUUCUGGCAGCUGGAAGCAUGAUGUUGGUCAACUUUCCAUCCACAGUAUAUUCUCAUUUUCUUGGCUGAUGUGUGAAAUACUGCUCCUUUAUAAUUACCUCAACAUGGAUUUGACCGAAUUCCAACCAAUGUGAUGCUGAACCCAAUAUAUGUACAUCAUCAUUUUUGAUAAGAUACUUGACCUGGACUGAGUUACUGAGAGGGUCCAGCUAGCUCUCCUCUUGAUACUUGAAUAAAAUGAGGCAGAAUCAGCCAUGAUGUUGCCAGUAGGAAGGCUGGUGUUUUUGUUUAUAUCCAGUGUGAUCCAUUUCUAGGUAGAUAUUUAAGACAUUACCUCCCUAUAACCCUUAGUAGGGUUAAUAGCUCAGGAACACCAAGCCUGCAUGGAGGAGCAUGUAGAACUAGCUAGCUAAUCAGCAUUUUACUCCCGUUUUACAGGAGAAGCUGACGAGACUUUUACACCCAAUUAAUAUAUAUGUAAAAUUAUUCUAAAGCCUUUUUUUUAAAGAAAAAGAAAAGAAAUCAUACUACUUAUUUAUUUUCAUCCAAGAGUGCUGCAGCUUCUCCUUCUGCUCCUGUUGAAGCCUCUCAGCAAUGAAUGGUAUACAUCAGAAAACUGCCAGAUGUCGUUCAAACUCCUUAUGACUUGAGAAUAUAUUUGGGUUAACAUUUUUAACAUCAAGGUACUUGUAUUACUCUGUACAUAUGUGCUUCAUAAAUCAGUCAUUGUCCUUAACAUUAAUUCAGUGCAGUAUGAAUAUAGUGUAACAAUAAUAUAUUGAAACACAAGAGUAACAAUAUACAGUAGAUACUGCACAGGUACAUAGUAUUAUGAGGACUGACGUAAACUGUGAGUUUGUUUUAUUUUCUAUGCCUUUAUGAUUUUUAAUUCUUUAUUUUUGUGCACAGUGAGCCUUUCUGAAGAGAGUCCCACUGUUAUUCCUAUCUAUCUAUGCCAAAAUCAAUGCAAUAUUACUCUGCACUAAUCAUGUGUAAGAUGCAUUAAUUAUUUUUUUUAAAACUUUAGUUUAAUCUCUCUUAAAUAUGUGUUCCAUAUUCUAUAUUAUAUUUUUUAGAUUUUCAUGUACCACAUACAGUCAGUUGCUGGUUGGGAAAAAAAAUACCUCUACUCUUAGGCUCAUCUCAGGAAUUGCCAAUCUGAAAACUCAGGGAAUACUUCAGAUUGAUUGGAAGGAGUCAAGGAGUGUUCACUCAAGACAAAGCAGAAACUUAAUACUCAUCCGCAUGAUGUGAGGCAUAAGACAAGGAAUCCAAAGUAAAAAUUGGCUUUAUGAAUGUCUUGGUGCCACAGUUUCUCUUUUUACUGAGAAGAAAAACGCUAAGAUUGUGACCAAAAAACAUCAGAUAAUGUGAAACAGUUAAGAUUAAGAUUCACAAGAUUUCUGACUCUUUAUGCAUUGUUUGCUUUCCAUGUACCCAGUGUGCCAGUGUCUUUUUCUUCUCUUUGACAUUGCUUGCCAUGAUAUGAUGUGAAGAAAAUGUUCCACUAUUAUUGUAUUUUUUCCUCUAUAAUUGUUGUAGAUGGGGAUGUAGUAGAUUAUUGUUAAAGGGACUGGGGCUAGUAGUAUAUAAUCUGAGGUUGUCUCAUCUCAACACAUGGCCGAUACUUGGUGUUUCAGACUAUCAAUGCUUAAGACAAAAAGAAUGUGUCAUUGACGACUUAUUACUCAAAUAUUGUUUCACUCUCCGCUGUUAGGUGUUCAUGUAAGUUUUGCAAGCUGUGGCUUUUCCACGGCUGCAGAAGCAAAGACUGUUUCGAUCAUUUCACUCGAACAGAUGAACAGAUUGUUCAAGUAAAUGCUCUGACUAGACAAAAGUGUUACUUUUCUGUGUAUUUUUUAUGUUGAAUUUACCACUUAUGAUUGCAGUGUAUCCUCUGACUUGAACAUUUUACUUUCUCUCCAUUUAAAAGCGAUACACAUGGAUGACUUUUAUUAUCAGUUUCUUUGAUUAGCUUUCUUUAAAAUCACAGAAACCACCGAGUUAACUCAUCUGUCAAACUCUUAAUUGGAUUCUGACAUUGACCAUUUAGAUGAAGGUUAACUAACAGUUUAAAAAGUCUUGUAUUGUACUGUUGGCAAUAUUCUGUUGUACUUCCUGAUGUUUCCAAAAUGUCUUUUGGAAAAUGAAGUCCAUGAAUGAUAUUCUGACUGUGACAAACCUGUUUGACCCCUCAGUAAUGUGUUAUUGUGAUGAUUGUCGGUUGUUAGAUGGGUUAGACAAACCUAGAAAAUCCAAAGACAUUUUAAACAAUGUGCUCAGGGUAACAUUUGAAGACCAUCAGAGCAUUCUGUAUCACAGUUUGCUUUAUGUGGUACAUCUUGUUUGUGACCAUCAGCCAUUUCAUUUGUCAUGUUGUGUGAUAUCGGACAAAUGGCUAGACCUACUUCCAAUAAAUGUGCAUUUAUUACUGAUGAAUGUAUCAAUGUUGACUGCCAUAAAACUACACCUAUCUUGAUAUAUCUUAUCUUGAUUUAAUGGCUAGUUUGUCAAUGAUGAGCAGCAUGUAGGCUUUUCAAAGUACUACUGUAUUACUGUGAUUAUGUUUCUAUAUGUAAAGAUCUGCUCCAUUUCCUAGUAAAUAUGUCAAUAUUAA